AUGGACGAAGAACCUCUUCCCCUCGCAAGUAAGCCGUGGGGUCAGUCCCUGAGCAUGGUUGCGCGAGAAGCAAGCCAGGCACUCUUGAAACCUCUGAACGGAUGUGUUGUGGAACAAGAUUAUCAUCUCUCUAUGCAAAGAGCCGGACAGGGAAUCGAAGAGCUGGUCGAGGCACUUUUCGAGCUUCUCACUAAUCCGGAGGCAAAUGGAAUAAUUCAGUUCAUCGUCCGCACAAACAUUCGGGUGCUCCGGGGAUUACAAGGCGUGUGCAACGAUGAAUGCAAAUACUUGAAGAGGAGGGCUCUUGAUAUCAUCCACAUGGAUAGCGUAUGCCAUGGAGACCAGAACAAAGGCCAUAUUCGAGAGCUUGUUGAGGAAGUCUGUCGCGCGAACGAAGAGCAGGAGAGUUGGAUUGAUAUUCUAGGUAUCGAAAUCGAUCUAUCGGAGACAGCUUUGAAGCGUCUAGACAUUGCAAGUCAAGCUGCGGGGCUGAUUCAGAAGCGGAGGUCCCAGAUGAUCACCAAGGAGGAGAGUCAGACUUUGGAGGCUCUGUUCAUCGAGUUUCAAAGCUUGCGAACUCUAUUGAUCCGACGGGUUCUGAAGCUGAACAUGUUGACUGGCAACAGCGACUUCCUGCAACGCCACCACAACGAGCUUUGGGAUAUCGUCGACUGCAACUUGGAAGGAUAA